AUGACUGUCUCAACCUCGUACCCCGAGUCCAAAGAAGCGGACGUCGGUUUCAGGGCUCAGCAGACCGUGGUGGAAUUCCCGUCUGGAUCAGUACCUGAUAAUGACAGGGAGGCUCUGCUCUCUUCCUUCACCGCUGAGGAGGACCGCAAGGUCAUGCGGAAAGUGGACAGGCGGUUCCUCCUCCUCAUCGGACUGAUGUACAUGCUAAAGAACGUCGACUACACCAACGCCGCCACUGUCAAAGUCCUCCAAGUCGGCGAACCGCGUAAUGUUUUGAAGGAGCUGAACAUGACCGCGGACGAGUAUAACUGGGUCCAGUCCAUCUACUUUAUCAGUUACAUCGUCUUCGAAGUCCCCAGCAACCUGCUGCUGAAGAAAAUGACGCCUCGAAAGUGGCAGUCUCGAAUCAUUGGAUCCUGGGGUCUGGUACUGGCAUGUCACGCCGCCGUGCAAAACAAACAAGGUCUCUAUGCCGCCCGUUUCUUCCUGGGAAUGGCAGAGGCAGGUCUCUUCCCGGGCCUCGCGGCCCAGCUCUGCAGCUGGUACCGCAGCGACGAAAUGGGCAAACCCAUCAUGUGGAUGUUUGGGUUUCAGAACUGCGCUGGCAUUGUGGGCUCGCUGGUCGCUUACGGCAUUUCUUAUAUGAACGGUGUCAGUGGCUUGAGCGCGUGGAGAUGGGUCUAUCUUCUGGAGGGAUUGUUCACCAUCCUCUUCGCCGGAGUCGUGUUCCUUGUCCUUCCGGACUAUCCCAAGUCCCCACGGUCGGCGAAAUGGCUCACCCCUCGAGAGCAAGAAUACCUCGAGCUCCGCCUCACGGACAACGCUCCUCGCACCCACGACGCGGCAUUCAGCAAGAAAGAAGUGUUGGCGUCUCUGAGAGACCCGCGCACCUAUGCCUUCUGCCUGUCUCAGAUCCUGAUGAAUCUCGGCGGAUACGGCCUGCAAUGGCAACUGCCCACCGUCACCACGAGUCUCGGCUUUGCCGGUCUGCCCAGGAAUCAACUGCUCAACAUCCCCCCGGCCGCUGCAACGGUCCUGUCGAUCAUCUUCGCCGGAUGGUUCCUGAGUAAAGCGUAUAUGACGAGGCCGCAAUUCAUCAUGAUCAUCUGUGCAGGGGCGCUGGCUUUUUUCCUUGUCCUGUGUUUCAAUGUGAGCCGCUAUGCAACGUACAUUGCGUGCAUAUUCGGGACUAUGUUCUAUUCGGUCUACUUUAUUCCAUUCUGGGCAUGGCGCUCCGCAAGCCUUGUCGGCACGACCGGGACGGCGUUCACGCUGGCGUUUCAAUCCUGCAUCGGGCAGGUCGGCGGCGUCGUGGGCCCGCAGCUAUUCCAGUCCCGCUUCGCGCACAACGGCUACAAGACCUCCUUCGGCGUCUGCGCGGGCGCCAUCGGCGCGAGCUGGAUCGCCAACGUGUGGACCUGGUACCUGACGCACGAGAACGAGGAGGACAUCAAGCGCGUGCGGCGUCUGAGGAUCAAGGCCAACAAGGACGGCGCCGUCUGGGCGGGCGAGGACGUCAAGUACCAAAUCAAGGCGUGA